AUGACUCACAAGCAUUGUUUUGAGGCUCUUGAUAGAACAAUGAGAGACAACUUUGAUAGUCAACUGAACAUGCAAUCCAAGCCGUUUGAGGGAAAGGUAAUUCUAUUUGGUAGUGAUUUUAGACAAAUUCUUCCGGUCAUCCCUAAAGGUACCAGAACAAUGAUAGUCAAUGCUUCUUUGAAUUCUUCUUAUAUAUGGCGGCACUGUCAAGUACUAAAGCUAACUGAGAAUAUGAGAUUAAGUGUUGGUUGUCAGGAAGCAGAUUUGAAAGAAAUAAAGGAAUUCGGAGAAUGGAUUUUAAAGCUUGGUGAUGGUCUGCUUGGUGAAGAAAAUGAUAGUGAGGUUGAUAUUGAAAUACCAGAUGAUUUACUUAUUCAUGACCAAGUCAAUCCUAUUUCUUCUUUCAUUUCAUUUAUAUAUCCGGACAUGAAUAAGUUUUUGUGGGAUUUAACGUAUUUCCAACAAAGAGCGAUUCUUGCUCCAACUAAUGAAGUAGUGGAUUCAAUAAAUAAAGAGUUGUUAGAAAGUCUGCCUGGUGAAGAAAAGGUUUAUGUUAGUUCAGAUAGUUUAUGCCAAUCGGAGGAAGAAUCAGAGCUUAAUAUGGCAUUGUUUCCUCCUGAUGUGUUAAACAAUCUUCGUUUAUCUGGUUUACCUAACCAUAAAUUAGCACUGAAACUUGGUGCUCCAGUGAUGUUACUCAGAAACAUUGAUCAAGCAAAUGGAUUGUGUAAUGGUAAAGUCACGAAGCUCGGAAAAGUUAUGAUUGAAGCAAAAAUUAUCACAGGGACUAAUAUAGGUCAUCAUACUUUGAUUUCAAGACUGAAGAUGACACCUUCUGAUAAAAGAAUGCCAGGUGAAGAUUUCUCGAAGACAAUUCCCACUUUCACUGUGUUUUGCUAUGACAAUAAAUAA